AUGGUAAAGAAAGCCAAAAAAGAAUUUAGUGAGUUCAAGAAGGAGUCCACGAAAACAGGUGGCGGACGACCUCCAAGUAACCCGCCGUCCACAUCAUCUCGAAUCAUUGAGAUGUACAAGGACACUGCUGGGUUUUCCGGGAUCCCAGGUGCGGCAGACCUCGAAACCUUCAUCUUUCAGGACGGUGAAGUGCUCAACCAUACACAGACUGGGGUAACUGGAGAAUUUAUCCUCGACUUCAUCCUGGAACAAACAGGCGAAGACACCGUCAAUGAGCAGUCGAAGUCAAAUACAGUCACAAGGAACUUGAAAGAGACAACGAUUGAAAAGUCUCAUACAGUGAGUUGUGAAUCGGUUGAUCAAAUGACGGAGAAAGAAAAAGUGCAGAAGACUUCGCAGGUCUCAUCCGACAACAGCAGAACCAGGACGAACGAACGCGAUAGCUCCACAUACGAUCCGUUUUCCAGCAAGCAAGGUGAUGCAAAGAAAAAAUCGAAAAGGAGCGAUGACCUAAAGGCAUUACAGAAGGAGUACUUUGUAAGUAAGUUGCGGCUGCAUGAGGAAAAAAUGAAACUGAUUGCAGCGAAGAUGGAAAUGGUGAAGAACCAGGGGGAGUUCUACCGCAACAUGACUAAUGCACUAGCGCAGACCAGAAAGAUGAUGGAAAAUGAACAAUAGUUCGCUUUUAAUGAAAUAGUUUGCUUUAUGCGACGGUUAAUUCUUUUUAUGUGCAAAAUAUGUUAAAAAACCACUGUCAC